GAAGCAUUGAACUUACCUGGCGGCUAAGGUAAAAUAUGCUCCACUUUUACUAAAAAUUCAUAGUGUAUUAACAAAUCGUUAUGUGCCGAGUGGCAUUCACUUACAAGCGAAAAUGGAAAUUAUUUUGUCACCAGUGAAUUUUAUUUAUUCAUAAACACUGAUGGAGAAAAGUGUAAACUUCUUGUUGAACAAGAAAGAAAAAGAUCAAUCGUCAAAUAAAACGAAUGUAAUGAAUGAAUCAUUAAGUCAGAAAGUGACUGAAACCACUUCUGACCUACUUAUUUCACUUGCAAAUGAACCUUCACUGGCUUAUUUCCAUAUUCAAGAACAUAUUAGAAAAUCAGUUCCAGAAAUCUUGAAAUACCAAUUGAAAGUCGAACAUUUAGAUUCACAGUUACGUGGUUCUUGUUAUGAUCUCGACUAUGCACUUGAUAAUGUUAGAAGUAUCUCAAAAGCUACAGUACAUUUUAACCGGAUUAACGAGCUCUUGAAGUCGAGCUUAUUUACUAAACUUCAGUUGGAUUAUGCACGCAUGAACGCUUUAAGUCAUAAACAGCCACAAAAACGAAGACCAACUCAAUGCAACCAAGAUGUACACACUGACGUUUCUUUCCAAAAUCCCUACAAACUCACGAACACUAAGCCACAUAUCCAGCACAGUGUCGACAGCAGCUGUACAAGUACGUGAUCAAGCUAUCAAUUUAACCAGGAGAGUUUUGUGGACACAAAGUGCCGAUGUAUCUUACUCUAUCAUCUCACCCAUUUCAUCUAAUUCUAAAAUCACUAACUCCUCGAGUUCAUUUGAUGAGAAACCAAAGUUUUUGGAAGCCUAAUUUAACAAACGAAUCUUAGUAAGGGAAUAAGCUCUGUAAAUGAGUAGCUGAAACUGUUUUAUAAGCAGCUUCUUCUUAUAAUUACUGACAGUUUUGCACAUUGUAUCAUACAAAUACAAUAUUCUUAUACCUA